AUGGACAAGCAGCAUUCCAUUUUGAGCUUUUAUUCUUCUUUCAAUACAGAUGUUGUCGACCUAAGACUGGGAGCGUCUGAGUCCAGGGUUAGUUCAACUGGAGUUAGUUCUACCUCUUCAAAUGAAACUACUGAUAGAGGUGUCAACGACAGGCGAAAAGUCGUGAAAAUUAAUGAUCUGCUGACAGGAAAUAUGAUCAAACACAGAAAGGAAGUUACUGAGGCAUCAGAAACAAUUGAAGAGACCAUGAGAAAUCUAGAUCCAGUACGAGAUAUCAGAAAUCACGAAAUUAUAGAUCUGGAUCAAGAACAACAAAAUCCACCACCAAAGAAAAAUAGGGUUUCUUUGCUGUCUUUAUUAGAUGGAAAGGGAGUCAGAGAUAAACCAACUAAACCUAUUGAGGAUACAAAGCUAUUGGUCACCCUGAAAAUAAGCUCAUCAGCCUUGAAAGAUAUCCAAAAAAAAAUCGACAGACAAGAGUUGCAUACGCCAGGAGUUGCAAUAUCAAAUCGAGAUCCACUGAAACCUGCAUUUUCAUUUUUAAAUGAAAUUCAAUUAAGGGCUCAGAGAGCUUUAGAGAAUAAACAUAAUGAAUCAGGGAGUGACUGUCUCAGCUCAAAAGGGAUGCUCCCCCCACCUUUGAAGGUGGGUGAUUUUUUGACACAAAAUGUCACUGAUGAGGUUUACAACUGCCCCAGACGGACGCUGAGCCUUCCAUCAAGAGCCAAUACUCGUAACCACGCCGUUAUAGACUUUCCCCAAGCCCUGGGGGAUUUGAAGACAGAAAAAACUAAUCCAGAUCCUUUGAGAGCCACGAAAUAUCACUACACUACAUCUGACUUCCAAUACCAUGACCUUACUAGGCUUGUGCAAGAGCAGGUUCCUGAUGUGAAACGGCACUAUGGUUUGGAAUGCUUGAUAGGGCUUUUUCAUGAUAUUGAUUUUCAACGCAAAAUUGCCCACAAUUCAAGUCAAUGGAUAGAUCUGUUCAAACCAACAGAAUACAAAGAACUUUUAUUCUCUUCGGACGUAUCAACUGGCAUCAAUGAUUGGAUACAGAGUGCGUUUGAAAAGCUACAAAACAUGGAUAGAACCAAGAGAAAGCCAGCUCAUGCUUCGAAGAAGCCAAAAAGAGACGACAAUCUCGAUGACUUUAUUGUAUAUGAUGAUAUUGAAACGAUUGAAGUAGAGCUCUUUGCGCCACUAUUAAUAAUUGAAGGACCAGCGGGUUCAGGAAAAAGUAGUAGCAUAUUCACCAUCGUGGAGAGACAGAUGAAAGGUUUUGUUUUUGAAAUCAACACAGGUGAAUCUCGAGCUAGGAAGGAUAUAGGAUUCCAUUUGGAGCAGAUAGCUACGACCAAGUUGGUCAAAAGGAUGACUAAAGGGUAUGCGGACAUGCUGGACAUUUCAGUUGAGGAUUUUGAGAAUAUUAGCAACCAGAAAGGUGUCAUCUUAUUUGAUGACUGUGAUGUAGAUUUGGAAGAUGAUAAAGAUCUUUUCAUUACUAUCAAAAACCUAUUGGAAUAUUCGCAUCGCCCUAUCGUUCUAACCUGCACUGACUCCACAAAAAUUCCACCCGACCUGAUCGAGCUUUCAACAGUGAUCCAAAUAGACAGGCCAGAUGAAAAACUGUUGUCUGAUUAUCUAUUCAUUAUUGGAUGUUUAAUGAGGUUCACUAUUGACCGACCCAUACUCAACGAAUUGGCCCGCCUACAGGACAUUAGAAGGUCAUUAAUGCAAUUGCAAGCCAUAUGCAACUGCAAACCACCGGAGGGAAAAAUUAUCCAAGUAAAACAAGUUACUCCUAAUACAUUUGAAAAAGUUGUGGCUGAGUCCAAUAUACAACAACUAGAGCGGUACUAUGAUUCGUUACAGGAUGAUGUGAUGCUACCCACAAUACCAAACUUCGAUAGUCUACGUGAGGAAUAUCUUGAAUUUUAUGCUUCAAAAGCAAUUAGGGCUGGUUCACGGAAAUGGAGACCUCUUUACAAGAAUAGUAAGACGUAUCUGAUCAAGUAUCCAUUCUCCGUAUUUCAAAGACUCUCCAUUACCAAUACCGCACUUUUUACAGAAUUGGCGCCGAUAAUCCGAUUAUUUGCCAGAAUGGACGUAAUAAUGGAUGGAAUCAGGCGAUUUUUGCAUAACCCUACCAAGAUACUACUUGGUUUGCAUUCUAGAUAG